AAUGUUUAUCAUUAACCAUGAUUAAUUAUUAUUUAGUAAAUGUUGAGUAUUCAGUUUUGUAGUUUUGUACUUACUUUUUUGGGUUUGAUACUUAUUGUCUAUUGAUAACUUACCAUAGGUUUGUGCUCGACGUUUUAUAACUUUAGAUCAUCACGAUCCAUUGAUGAAUGCACAUAUUUUGAAGAUGUUUCCUGGAGAGUUUUUCCUUUGACUCGUUGCUUAAUACUUGACCGUUUUGAUCAUCAACUAUUCACAUAAUAUUAUAUUGUGAUAAAGAUAUUUUGAACAAAACUUCACUAUAAAUGAUUCAAAGUCAUGGAUUUGGAUAAAACAUUUGAAAUAAUGCAAGGAGAAAACGACAGUAUUAAAUCUGAAUUAUUCUUUUUGAUUGCCAAGUUUCUGAAGGAUAGUCAAUUUAAAAAUGCUUUUGAAGCACUUAAAUUGGAUUUGAACGAAUCAAAUAUUCUGCCAACACGUAUUGAUUUUUUAGGAGAAGAAAACCAGCAAACGUUUGAUGAACUGGAAAGAAAGUAUAAUCAUAUUAAAUCAAAUCACUUGUUAGACAUUUGUAAACGCAUCAGAUUAUUAAGCAACUAUGAAAAAUCCUCAGUUCCAGUGGUUUUCUCUUUACUUGGAAAAGGAAGCUUUUCACUUGUUAAUACACAAAAAAAACGUAAAUACCUAUCACUCGCCGAUUGUAUUACACGUCAACAUAAUGCUUUGCCAUUGCCUCCUUUACAUAUUCGAGGUCAAAACAUUGUUAAAGUGCUAUUUGGUCGUGAAACGUCUGGUUCAGUUGAUAAAAGAUAUUUACUUCCUGUAUCCAAAUUUUCAAACGUGGAGUUUCAUGGACGAGUUCUUGGCCAUUUAACUGCUGUUUACUGUGUCUGUUUUGAUACAACUGGAAGAUAUAUAGCUACUGGAGCUGAUGAUUAUUUAGUUAAAUUGUGGGAGGCUAAUACUGGAAGACUUUUAUCAACCUUAAGGGGGGCUAGUGCUGAAAUAACAGAUAUAGCAAUCAACACUCAAGCCACAUUAAUUGCAGCUGGAAGUAUGGACAAAGUAUUGAGAGUCUGGUGUCUUCAAACAGCUAGACCAAUUGCUCAUAUAGUAGCACACGCUAGUAUGAUUGUAACUGUGAAUUUUUGCCCUCAAACAUUUAACGGACUUGGUUAUAUAGCUUCUACUAGUACUGAUGGUUCAGUUGUGUUUUGGCCAUUUCGAUCUAGUAAUGGAAAUACAAUUUUUGAAUCUAACUUAACUGUUUACAAUGAACGCAUGAGACCUGGUAGUGCCAAAAUACUUUGUGGUGCUUUUUCAGCGGGUGGUGUAAUGUUUGCUACAGGUAGUGCUGACCAUAAUGUUAGAGUGUACAAAAUGACUCCCCCAUCACCAGAUGCAUCAGCUCCAGUGCGCUUAAUGGAGGUCGAAGCUCAUUCUGAUACUGUUGACUCUAUACAAUGGGCUCAUAGUGGUUUACGAUUUAGUUCUGGCUCAAAAGAUGGAACAGCUUUAAUUUGGGCUUACAAAAAUCAAGAGUGGAAGUAUAAAACAUUGCACAUGACGACAAAGUUAAAAAAAAAUCUUGGGGAAAAAAAAUCUGAUGAAGAACUAAAGCAAAUUAAACCAUCUGUAACAUACUUAUGUUGGGAUCAGAGUGAUCGUUGGAUUAUUACUGCAUGUACAGACAUGACCAUAAAAGUUUGGGAUUCAUUUACAACUGAACUCCUACAAGUGAUGACUGGACAUAAAAAAGAAGUAUAUGUCUUAGAAUCACAUCCAUUUCAUUCUAAGAUUUUGUUGAGUGCUGGUCAUGAUGGCAAGAUAUUUAUAUGGAAUAUUAUAACUGGAGAAGUAUUGGUAUCAUUUCAAAAUUCUAUUGAAGGUCAAGGUUUUGCUGCAUUAUAUGAUGCUAAAUGGUCACCAGAUGGGACAAUGUUUUCAGUGACUGAUUCACAAGGUCAUUUAUUAACUUAUGGACUAGGAAUACCCUCGCCCCGCAGAAAAGUUCCAUAUGAAGUAUUUUUUCAUACUGAUUAUCGACCAUUGUUACGGGCAGCAGACCAUUCCGUGUUAGAUGAGCAAACUAACAUGGAACCACAUUUAAUGCCUCCUCCAUUUUUAGUUGAUUCUGAUGGUUCACCUUAUCCUCCAGAAAUUCAAAAACUAGUUCCAGGAAAAGAAAAUGAAGGUCUUUUACAAUUAGUGGCAGAUGUAAUAAUUAAUGAACUGGGCCGAACUGAAGUUAUUGGAAUUCGAGGAACUGCUAAUAUGAAUACUGUUGAGCAUUUAUCUAACAAUUCACCUAAUCAGUCCAGAGUUAUUAGUUUACAUCCAUCAGUAGAACAAAAUAGUAGUUCAUUUUCGUUUGAAAAUAGACCAAGAAUUAUUUGUAAGCCAUUAAAACCAUCAAUAAUGGAUCAAAUUCAAAAUCGAAUAAAAAUGUUGGGAGUUAUGGAAGAAGAAGAGUUUACUUUAGAAAGUAAUAAACCACUAGUAGUUGAUGAAAAACCACAAGUUUUAUCUGUAAAGCCAAAAAAAAAACCUCAAGCAAAACAUUCAUAUAGUACUAGAGCAACUAAUGUAGAAAAUGAUCCACAGGAAAAUAGAUCAUCAUCUAACCCUGAAUCUGAAUCCGAAGAUGCUGACUAUACAGAUGGAAUUGGUUCAGAUGGAAAAGUUGAAUCAUUGUCAGAUACUGAUUCUGGUACUAGUUCAGAAUAUUCUGAUUGGGUGGCUGAUAGUGGUACCAAUCUUGAACCCCCUAAACGUACUCAACAUCGAAGACGCCGUGUUAAGAGACCUACUACUCCGCCUUCAUCGCCAUCACCUCCGUCAUCUCCACAUGAAGGACCUAAAACUGUGCCUCCUCGAAAAGUACAAAAGGAUGUUCCAGAAAUAUAUAGACCUUCUGAGUGGUUUUCAGAAGUGUUACCAAAAAAAUCGCCUUAUUGUCCACAAAUGGGUGAUAUUUUAAUGUUUUUUGAACAAGGUUAUAAUUUAUAUUUAGAAGCAGUAGAAGCUAAAAAAGUUUACAAAUUAAAAACAACACAAUCUACUCCAUGGGGGGAAUUAGAACUUAAAGAACCUCAAAUGGUAAAAGUAAUUGGAAUAAAAUAUGAGAUAAGACCACCUCGUUUAUGUGGGUUGCGUUUAGCUGUAUUGAAAGAAAACGGGGAUCAUACUUCUUUCAGUUUUGACUUAAAGUACCAUGAUAUGCAAGAUGUAAUUGACUUUUUAGUUUUACGUCAAACAUAUGAAGCUGGAUUAGCCAGAAAAUGGAAAGAAGGUCAACGAUUCCGAAGUAUGAUAGAUAAUGCUUGGUGGUGUGGUAAAAUAGUUGAACAAAGUGCUUCCCGGUCACCUUUUUUGUGCUAUCAAGUUCUUUGGGAUAAUGGUGAAAAAGAAAAUUUAAGUCCUUGGGAUAUGGAGCCUAUAAACCCUAAAAGAGAACCGCUGAAUGGUAUGUCAUUACCGGUGACUACUAAAGAAAUGAAAGAUAUAUUAUACCGACCAGAGUCAGGUAAUAAAGAAUGGCCUAGUGGAUCCCGAGAUUUAAUUUGUGACCGGAUAUUGAGAGGAUUACAUGAUCUUAUGGGAAUGUCACUUGCAGAACCAUUCCUUGCACCAGUUGACAUACAAGAGUAUCCAUCUUAUGCAUAUAUUGUGGAAUAUCCUAUUGAUCUAUCUAUCAUAAAAGCAAGAUUAGAAAAUCGUUUUUACAGACGUCUGGCAGCUGUACAGUUUGAUGCAAGAUAUGUAGCAAGUAAUGCUGAAAAAUUCAAUGAAGAAGGUAGUGAUAUAGUGAGAAGUGCUCAAAUUAUCACUGAAAUCUUAUUGAAAAUUAUUAAAUCUUCUUCACCAGUUGAAGUUCCUUCUCUUUGUCGCCAAUUACAACAAAAUUAUAAAAAUAAUGAAGAGGAAAAGAAAAAUGUACCGACUGAUGAUCGAUCACGUAAAUUAAGGCCUAGAUCAUUAAGAGAAAGAAGUCGACGAGAAUCUAAUCAGCCAUUUAAUUGGAAAUUGGAAUGUAAAAAUUUUUUGAAACUUAUGUGGUUGUCAAAAAACAGUACCCCUUUCAGAGAACCAGUUGAUUAUGGUAAAUAUCCGGAUUAUGAACGGGUCGUUAGUACACCAAUGAAUUUAACUACCAUUCGAGAAGAUUUACGUGGAGAUAAUUACAAUACACCACUAGAUUUUUGUGAAGAUGUUAGACGAGUAUUUAAUAAUGCACAAACCAUUUAUCAAUUUUAUCCUGAUGAAAAGUUGGAAAAAAUUACUCAAGAAAUGAUAACAAUGUCAGAAGAGAACAUAACUCGAAUCCUUAAAAAUUGGGAAAGACAAUCAUCCAGACGUCCCACGUCUAUAGUGAGUCAAUUAAGUUCACGUCCACAAAGAAGAUGUCGCUUAAAAAGACAAAGAGACUUAGACAAUAGCCCAAGUGAAGAGGAAAGUGACGCUGAUUUUAAUUUAAGAACAAAAAGACCACGUAGAUUAAAAAGAGUUGCAAUUAAAGAGGAAACUACAGAUCAAUCCUCAUCAGAAGAAGAAAUAAAAUUUGAUCCUAACCAACCUUCAACAAGUUUUGCACAUAAUGAUAGAAGUGAAUCUAAUCGUGUAAAAAUAAAAAAAUCAAUGGAUAUGCCAUCGACCAGUUAUGAGAUUAAAGAAGAAGUUCAAAGUGACGAUGAAACACCACUUAGGCGUCAUUCAUCAAGAAUACGUAAAUCUACUUACCGUGUACAAGAGAAUAAUGAUGAAAGUGAUGAUGAUGAUGAUUACACUCCUAUUGAAUCUCAGCGGCCAAAACGAUUGGUAAAACCACAUCCAAAAGAUUUUGAUAAUGAUAGUGAUGAUGAAGUUAUGCCUACCAAACCAUCACACAGUAGGAGACUCCCAGUAUGCACAGAAAGAUUUGAAGUACCACCUAUUACUAGAAGACAAACUACAAGAUUCCAUGAUGAAGAAGAUAAUGAGGAGGAAGAUCAACCUACUAGAGCUAGGGCUACCCGAUCAAGAUUUAUAAACACCGAGGAAACUGAUCAGAGAGGAACUAGAAAUUUGAGAAAGAAAAAACGUUGGGAUUAUGCCAAAAUGUUGGAUGUAUCUGGUGUAAGUAGUGAAGAAGGCGCUGAUGACUGGAAACCUACACCAAAGUUUUCCAAAAAAAUACCUUCCCGUCAUAAAAGCCAAGCUAAAAAAAAAAGGAAUUAUACUGAACAUAGUGAUCAGAGCUGCAGUAGUGAUGAUAAUAAUGAUGACGAUGAUGAAGAAGACGAUGAAGAAAAUAGUGUUAAUAUAAGAGUAUCUGUAAGUAGUAGAGGGCGAAUUAGAAAAUUAACAGCAGAAGCCAAAGCACAUUUGUUUCGGAGAUAAUAAAAAUUAUUGUUGACUUUUAUCAUUUCUUUACAAUUUGUAAUAUACGUUUUAAUAUUUUUUAAUAUUAUGUUGAAAUUUAAU